GUGGCUUUCCUCUUGCAGGUUCGCGUGAUGGAGCGUCGACUUGAGUGGAGCGGCGGGAGCGGCGGAACAGGCGGCGGAGAGGGAGGAGGAGGAGGAGGCGGAGGUGGAGGUGGAGGAGGAGGCGGAGGCGGCGGCGGUGACGGAGCGGGCAGCGGCGAGGAGAUGGAGGACGUGGAGGUGCUGCACGUGGAGAUGGUGGAGAAGGAGGCGGUCAUCACGACGCUCUCGACCCAGGUGGAGGAGCAGCAGAGACAGCUUCGCCUGCAGGACGCGAAGAAGGUGGAGGCCAAGGCGGCGAAGAUCAAGGAGUGGGUCACCAACAAGCUCAAGGAGCUUGAGGACCAGAACGCCCACCUCCGGGAGCAGAACGCCAAGUGUAACGUUCAGUUGGAGCUGCUGCGGGGACGCCUGGCGCACCUCUCCACCAUGCACACCGAGAGGGACAGAGAUACAGAGAGGUUAUGGAAAAGGAGAUCGCUAAGUCUGCCGAAGGACUCCUCCCGGGGCAGCUACGAGGGGGACAGACCCGAUAGCGAUGAGUCUCUCCCCGAUGGAAGGAACGAAGCUGACUACAUCCCAUCCCGUCCAGCCACCCUCGGCAGAGACCGACGAUCAAAGUCAAGACUGUUGCCUCCCAGAUCACCGGCCGGCCUGCGCAGGGCCAGCUCCAGUGACACAGACGCCAACUACGGGGAAAUCCGCUUCAAGUCUCGCCACAACGGCCUCCAGCGAACCAACCUGGAGAGGAGGCCAUACCACGAGGACAAGAGGCCCAGGGACUCCCGGGUGGACUCCGGCUCAGUGGACCUGGAGACCCCCCAGAGCCUCAGCCCAAAGAGCCCCCUGGAGGCCAUGCUGAACAGCCUGACGCAGAGCACCGGCAGCCUGCCAAGGAGUCGAGGGGACAGCCCGAGGAAACCGGUGCCGCAGCCCCGUACAAAGCACCUCAAGAAGGGUGGAAGUGUGCCCGCCUACGUCACGAAAAGUGCUGAUAGUCUUGACCUGGAGCUUGACAGUUACGACAACACCGAGAGCACGGACUCUAGUCAGUUGGUGCGCUCCGGGGACAGCCACUUGAGUGACGAAGGCCGGCGGUCCCGCGCCAAGGACGAGCUCCAUGACUAUAGUGAAAUAUACACUCCGAGCCGUGACCACACCGCGUGGCCGGGCGAGGCCGAGGCUAACGGGGAGAAGCCCCCCACUCCCCCCCUGCACCGCUUCCCCUCCUGGGAGUCAAGAAUAUACCAGGUGGCUCAGGAGGGCCUCUCAGGGUCUGGGGGUGCCGGGCCAGGGGAGGCGGGCAGCAGGGUGAGGACCUCCGGCCUUGGAAGCUACCCUGAGAUCCACGUCCCGGUGUACGCAGCCGUCAAAGGGCGCGCCAGUCAAAUCCGUUCAGUUCCAUUCACCGGGGACUCAUCAGACUCCUCAGAUGGUGAGGACCACUGUGGGGGCUCAGACUCCAGGGGGCUGUCCUCCCACACCCCUUCCUCCUCCGCCGAGUCCUCCUCCAGCUCACCCUCCAAGAGCAAAACCUCCUCGCUCUCCCCUGCCAAGCUCUCCGGGUCUUCCCCCUCCAAGAGCAUGAGGAGAGACAGCAGUCGGCUAUCACAGGAUUCAGCCGACUAUGCUGAUUAUGCCAUCCCUCCAGAUGCUAUGCCAGAUUCUUUGCCAGAUUCAGUGCCCGCCUUGAGGCUCCCGGAUACAUCCUUUGAGUCUGGCGUGUCCGAUGAUUAUGCAAUCCCACCAGAUGCCCGAAGUGACAGUGGGUCGCUAGAAUCUACUAUGGCACCCACCAUCAGUGCCAGGACAUCUUGUGUUGAAACUACCACAAAUACUCUUACGUCAAGCCACAUUGGCACCGUGUCGCCGCGCCGGGAGAGCUCCCUGGAGAAGAUGGGUUACCUCACCAAGCUCGGAGGCAAGCUCAAGACCUGGAAGAAGCGCUACUUUGUGCUCAAGGACGGAACGCUGACCUACUGGAAGAGUCAGAGUGACAUCCAUCGCAAACCGGCGGGCCAGAUCACACUCAACGAGGUGUGUCGGGUCACGAGGUCCGAGGGCGCCCACACCUUUGAGGUCAACACGGGCAAGAAGACUUACUACCUCACUGCAGACAACACGGCCCUGGUGGAGGACUGGGUCAGGGUUCUCCAGAAUGUACUGAGAAGAAACGCCACCAAGCUGCUGCUGAGUAAAGAGGACAACAAGCCCACCCUGCAGGGCUGGCUCACCAAGGUCAAGCACGGCCACGCGCGGCGCUGCUGGUGUGUCCUCAUCGGGAAAAUGUUCAUCUACUUCAAGAGCCCCAACGACCAGAACCCCAUAAGCCAAAUCAACAUGAGGGAUGCACGCGUGGAGGAGGUGGAGAAGGUGUCUGACUCCGAGGGUGAGGACACAGUGGAGGAGGACACCACGAGGGAAGACCUGACCAUCGGCAUCUUCCCCUCCCACCAGGGCCCGACGUACCUCAUCAUGCCCAACAAACAAGAGAAGGACAACUGGCUGUACCACCUGACUGUGGUGUCUGGCGGCGGCCCCAACGCUGGGACUCAGUAUGAACAGCUGGUGCAGAAACUCAUGGAGCUCGAUGGAGACCCAAACUGUGUGCUGUGGAGGCACCCACUGCUGCUGCACACCAAGGACCCCAUCACCUCCCCGCUCACCUCCCUGCCAUCCUCACAGCUUCAGGCGGAAGCCAUCAAGCUAUUUAAGGCCUGCCAGCUGUACACGUCAGUCUUGAUGGACUCGUCGGGUAUAGACUAUCACGUGGUGCUGUGUCAGAACGCUCUCCAGCAGUGCCUCACGUACCCUGAGCUGCAGUCCGAGCUCCUCAGUGCUCUGAUCAAACAGACAUCGAAACACCUCCAAGCCAAACCAGGGGUCCAGGUAACCAAGACUCUGAACAAAAUCAAGCACUCCCGAAACCUGCUCCUCUGUGCCACACAAUCCCUGUUUUUGUGUGACUCCUCGGGCGCACAGAAAGCCUCCCCCACGCUGGGCAGUGGCCAGUCCCUGCCGGCCGACCCCAAGAUCAACCCUCCCUCCUACACCUUCAUCCAGGGCUGGCAGUUCCUGGCCCUGGCUGUCUCCUUGUUUGUCCCCAAGAACAACAAGCUGCUGUGGUACCUCAAGCUGCACCUGGAGAGGAACGCUGACACCAAAACUGAGGUUGGGAAGUACGCUGCAUAUUGCCAGCGAGCCCUUGAGAGAACCCUGGAGCAUGGAGGUCGUGAGGCAAAACCUUCCAGGAUGGAGGUUCUUUCUAUCUUAUUGAAGAAUCCAUACCACCACUCGCUGCCCCACGCUAUACCCGUCCACUUCAUCAACGGAACAUACCAGGUAAUUGGCUUUGAUGGCUCAACCACCAUCGAAGAGUUCCUGCAAUCACUCAACCAGGAGAUUGGCUGCCGGGAUGUCCAGCAGUCAGGGUUCGCUCUCUUCUCCGACGACCCCAUUGAGAAGGACCUGGAGCACUGCCUCAACCGGAACGCCAAGCUGUGUGACGUCAUAUCCAAGUGGGAGACAGCGCUGAGGGAAAAGGGCUCCGGGAAGUUUGAGAACACCAAAGUGAUCCGCCUCCUAUACAAGUCCCGAUUAUAUUACCGAGCAGCGUCCAAGCAUGAGACUGACAAGGAGAAGCUGCUGCUGUGUUACCAGGUCAACCAGCAGAUCCAGCAGGGCAAGUUCCCCAUCACCUGGGAGUUGGCGCUGGAGUUGGCAACACUUAUGGCACAGAUUGACAUGGGCGAGGUGAACAGCGAGCGGUCCCGAGGCUCAGGGUCGUCCGGGCCCUCCACAGCACACAUCCAGCAGGCCUUCAACAAGUUCUACCCCGCCAGGUACAGGGAAGACCUCUCGGAUGAGGACACCAAAAACUUGCUGGACAGCUUACAAGAGAAGUGGAUCAGCCUGCGGGGGCGGCCACAGAGUGACUGUGUCCGCAUCUACCUAACCUGCACCAGAAAAUGGCCUUACUUUGGAGCAACGCUGUUCCCCGCAGCAACGCCCACCCCAGACGGCCCUCCAACGCCGGUGUGGGUGGCCGUCAGCGAGGACGCCAUCACGCUGCUGGACUACACCACAAUGGUGUCUGUUGGCAGGUACGGCUACAGCUCCGUGGUCACCUUUGGAGGCUGUCAAGAGGACUUCAUGCUGGUGGUGCACACGCCGGAGGAGGACAGCGCCCACCACCCUCCCGGCACACACAAGCUUCUGCUCUGCAUGAACAAACCAAAGAUCCUUGAGCUCACCCUCCUGAUAGCGGACUACAUGAACGCCCUGGGUCGCCCCGUCCCCGGCACGCCCCAGACCGGCACGCUGACCCGCCACGGCUCCCGGCGGUCGGCGCGCUCCCACAUCACCUCCAUCCCCGGCCAGCCCGACCUAGUCAAGAUGACCACCGAGGUCGACAACAAGCUCCAGCGCCUGGACGCCAAGCGGAGGGCGCCGGUGGACUCCUCUGUUGUCUGACCCUCAGUUCAGGCUCGGGCAUCCUGAGUCAGGUUCAUGCUCGGCCCGACCGCCACACUGUGAUAACGAUUCACUGUCCUCCCGUGUGCUUUCCUGUUUGUAAGGAAAUGUAAUCAAAUGUACUGAAUACUGCUAGACCAAUACAUCAAAGCUUCAGUUACUUGCAGGGGGAAUAGGUAAGUAGACUUGCAUGAUAAGCAACGUUACCUAAUGUGAAUUUGAAACAUCUUUUGUGGCCGAGCAUUAUUAUUAUUAUUUUUAAGAAAUCUUGAUUUGCUUCUCAUAGCCAGUAACUUACUUUAGCUUGAAAUUUGUACUAAUAUGACAUUUGGGGUAACUCGUUUGAAAUUGUACGGGGCACAAAAUUCUGGUUUUCUAAUCAGUGAGGAAGGAAAAUCCCAGGUCCUACAGUCAAUAAUGUGCCUUAUGCUGCACUGGAUACCAUGGAACAAGACUCUUGUUUCUCUGAGUUACAAUAAUUCUGAAAGUGCAUAAAUGUGAUGAUGCGAGAGUUGCAAGAAAUUUCUUCACUAUUCAGUACUACUCUGAAUGGCUUCACAACACUAGUCCAUUGUACACCUAGUCGUGGAAGGAAGGAGUGACUCCCAGCGAGGGGAGGAGGCAGCCAUCUGGAGACCAGCAGAACAAGGACGCUACAGUAUAACAUAAUACAUAGAGAGAUUUGUUUCCAUUGCAUCAUACAAGGUUCAAUUGAGACAUGAAAGCCCAAAAUUGAGCACAGAGCAAAAUGUUUAUGGCAGGAUAAGUAAGAUGAUCCUUAACAGUGAGACCCUUUUUAUAUUUUUCCAACAGACUGGAUAGAAAUGCAUGUUGAUGACACUUUACAGCAAGAAACUUUAAUCUAUUGAAGCUAUAGACUAUAUCAGCCUGUCCUUGGGAGGGACCAACUGUCCUUAGUAACAUGGUUGCAGGUCGUAUUGAGGCUGCAUUACACUUAUUGGGAAGAAGUAUAUUUUUUUCCAGGAAUGCAUAGGUUAUUACAUAUGAAAAUUUAUAUAUGUAUAUUAUAUUUUCACAAUUAUGUCAGAUCCUGAUAUCCGUAGUCACACAUAGUACACUCCACAUACUGAAGACAUUUGUUUUAACCCUUCAGAUAACCCUUUGAAUUUGGGAGACAAGAUUAAUUUUCUAAAACACACACAGUCUUUAUGAACACCCAGGCAUAGGCAGGACAGCUGUUACUCAUUUGUACAGACACUGAACUGAUCAGCUGUUCUUUGAAAUACUGUUAUUGCAUUUUCUAAUGAGACUGACAUGCGUUUAUUUAGAGCUAACAUUUAUUUUAUUUUCUGCAAUAACAAACAAAAAAAUCAUGAACAAAAGUAGUUUGUGAUGUUAAUUCAUCACUGCAGUUGCAGUAUUGGAGGCAAUGAUAUGCCUUCAUGAAUUCUUAUGGUGUUCUUAACUCAAACGGUAUACAUUUAUUUUCCUAAUACCAUUGCAUUACAACCCAGUCACACAGCACACAGUACUAUGAAUGAAACAACUAAAUAUAUUUAUGAAGUAUAGAAUAUGCAAUGAGGGCGACACAAGCAAGGGUUCAGGAAGCUUUACUCAGGGGGACGCCUGGCAGGACACCAGAGGAGGGAAGGAAGGAAGGACUGUACCAUAGUAGGUUAAGGGAGGAAGGGAGACGCACAGGGCUGGCGUGCAUGCUUGGUGAGUCACACACUACCAGGUGUAGGAUGCCACGUAUAUUCAUGAACGCUAAUGUACAUUUUCUGUUCAAUUCCAGUGAAAAAUAAUUAUACUUUUCUGUGGUUAUGAAAACCUAGGUAAAUGUUUGUAAGUGACACACUUGUUAUGCUAGUUUUUCUCAAUUACUAUUAUUACAUUUUAAGCUCUUAUGUUUGAAUGCUGUGUUGAGUUAAAAAAAAGACUUCCAUUAGCUGUGUAGAGUGAAAUAUUGUGCUGGAGUUGAAGUGGUGCUGUGGAGGCAUCACUCAGAUGGAAGCACAGCAAAGGCCAGCCAGCAAAACAUGAACUAAAUUGAAGUUUGGAAUGUGAGUGUAAGUAAAAUUGUCAAACACUAAUCUUGGUGGUCAUUCUGCAGCAUUGAGUGUGAUGCUCAAAUGAACGGUGCACAGCCUCCAGCACAAAGGGACUAGCUCAAUGAAUCACACACAAAUUUGUAACCUUGUUCAACUUAUUCUCGAGCCAUUAUCUGUACGCCUUCACCAGGAGGAAACCACACACGAAACUAUAUAAAGAGGCUGAAAAAUUAAUCUCACAACACUGAUGGCAACGGCUCCAAGAGGCGUCAGAAUAAUAUUAAAAGCAGGAAAAUCUAAUAGCAGUAAAGUACCUAACUUCAUGACUGACAGAAUGAUCACUUGUAUAUGUUAACCGGACCAUCAACAAAUUGGUUUCUGAACAAGCUUAUGUACUUUGAAAAUCAUGUAUGUUGUGAGUCCAGAGGCUUCAUUCACUGCAUGUGUGGCAAAGGAAAUGAAGCUUUGUCCAGUAGCCUCAGCUUCCACACAGGAAAGAGAAGAUAUUCUAGACUUAACUCCUUGACUGCGGAUUUCCUACAAGAAGACAUCGCCAAGCUACAGGAAUGGAACAAAAAGUGGCUGCUACAAUUCAAUGAAGAAAAGUGUAAAGUCAUGCACCUUGGGAGGGGAAAUCCAGCUUACCAGUACCACAUGGGAAACACUCCACUAUCCACCACAGAGGCAGAGGAAGUAUAUGUUACAAGGCUACCAGUGAAGGCGAAAUCCGUGCCAAUCACAGCGGACGGGUUAAAAAAAUGAGAAUUCCAAUGAGAGAAAAAAAGUCACCCAUAUUAUCAUCACUGUCAUCAUCACCACUACCAUCGUCGCCAUCAUUAGUAGCCCCAGUUUCCACACAGAAAAAGAGAAAAACAGCCAUUGGAAAGUGAGAAUUCCAAUGAAAAAAAGUCAUCUUGAUACGCAGCCUUCAUACCCAUGCCACGGGGACACAGUUGGGGUUGUUUACGAGGUCAUAACUUUGUACAGAAAGGGGAAAACUAAUGCUAUCAGACAGCCACUUCCCUCUCUGACCACAGGAGCAAACAAAGGUGCUUGCAUUGAGGAAGUGUCAAGGUCCACAGAUGCCAAAUGCUCAAUGCCAUAUUCCAAGUUUUGCUAUUCAUGAAGGUGCCUCAAUGUGGUCAUUUUGAUACAAGUUAUUGGAGGGACAGGAAGUGAGCAUCAUGAUUUAGGGAACAGACAAAGGUUGAAGACAUUCUAAUGAUUAAGAGCAAGAAAAUAUAACAAGAAAUGAACCUGGUAACAGAUGAACAACCCGCACAACAGAAUGGUAACCCAGAGAUUACAUAAGUCCAGGCCAGCAGAGAACCAAGUGGAGAGAUGAAGCUAGAACCUUUGCCGGAGCAGGGCGACACCAGACAGAGAGGUGGAGGUUGGGGAAAGCCUUUGCUUGCCCUGCAGUGAGCUAGUAAUGGCUGAGGAUGAUGAUUAUUCAUAUACAUUGGCCAUACUCAGGCCAUGCAGGAGCUGUGAGUGUUAGGCAAACCAUCCUCUGUGACUGUGCUCCCUAAAUCAUCUGAAUAUUGUUUUUAAUCAAAGUUUAGGCCCCAUGUUUGUCUGUCUUAGAUGACCUGACACUCUCUUUGAUAUUCCUUUUCAAUUAUUAAUAUUUUUGUAACUCCGUGUGUCUGGAGCAGCUGAGAGUGUUGAAUGAUAUGUCUCAUUCACGGGGCGUGUCACUGUGCCGUGUGCACGCCCUCACAGCCCGUGGCAGUAUGUGAACAUGAUGUUAAGCUUCAGGCAGUAAAGCAUUACCUACCCUUGAGUCAGAACAACACUGCUAUGGUACAGUUGAUAAAAUGUUGGCAUGAUGCUAAAGACUUGGAAAGGAAAUUUUCCCCAGGUGAAAAAAUUAUUAAAACAUUUUACUCAAAAAACUUCCUAAAUAAUCUUCAUGUAUGUCAUGUCUUAGGGAGAUCAAUGAUUAUUGUGAUACUCACUAUAUAUAUAUAUAUAUAUAUAUAUAUAUAUAUAUAUAUAUAUAUAUAUAUAUAUAUAUAUAUAUAUAUAUAUAUAUAUAUAUAUAUAUAUAUAUAUAUAUAUAUAUAUAUAGAUAUAUAUAUAUAAUUUCCAGGUAUUACAGUAUUAGUACUGGAUGUUGAAACUGCAGUCAUUCAGUGGCUCUAUAUUUUCCUUGGGUCUUGCUUGGGAACCAAAAGGCCUUGCACUGGGCCAAGCAGUGUGAGGAAGCAUCAAGGUGGCAGCAACCCUCAUUUUGCUGUGUUGAAGCAUCAAGGUGGCAGCAACCCUCAUUUUGCUGUGUUGAUUGACUAGACAGCUUAACAUAGACCUUAACUGUUGUGUUACUGAUUGCAUUUACUUUGUAUUGUAUUAGAACUGACUUUGUAUUCCUUUUUUACUGCUGAUGAUCCAAGGUGCCAUAAAUACUAGUCAGAGUUUGUAACGUUCAUCAUAUUCCACCAAGUCUGAUGAAGUAUGCCUUCCAAGAUUGUAUAACUAAGGUACAAUGUAAGAUUUCAUGCUAUGUAUAUAUAUUUUUUUGAGUAGUAGCUUUAUUAUGUUAAGUAGUCACUGCUGUGAAUUGAAGACUUGCCAUUGUAGCCCAUGGAAAAGAACACUUAUUGACUCCAAACCUGUCACCUGUAUCAUGCCGUGUAAUCUUUCCUUUGCCCUCCACACCCUCCUUCAGUCACUUCACAGACACAGAGCUUUAACUUGAUGUGUACAGUUUGUGAGUUUUGUAUGUGGUCUGCAUCUCCCCGUCUGGUUUGUUGAGAAGCCGAGGGAAUGUUCCUGCUAUGCCUUAUUUUUCUUCAUUUUUGGCAUUUCAGUAGUUCUUAUAGUCAUAUGUAAUUAAAAUGUAUGUAUGUAGGUAGUGACUUUGGCACAAACUGUGCAUACAUUACAUGUGUGUGUCACACAUUGUUUCUUUUACUUUCAAUAAAUGUAGAGAAAAUAAUAUGAACACUGGUAAAUUAAUAAAUAUUUUCUAUCCCCA